ACCGGAGCUCAUCGGAAUUUCAAAGGAAAAAAAGGGGGAAAAAACCAGAAGAAAGUUCGAUAAUCUCCGGCAAUGGCUUCCACUACCGUCGCACAAGAAGAUCAGAACCAAGCCGGAAGGCACCAGGAAGUCGGCCACAAGAGCCUCUUACAGAGCGAUGCUCUGUAUCAGUAUAUUCUCGAGACGAGCGUUUAUCCGAGAGAGCCAGAACCGAUGAAGGAAUUAAGAGAAUUGACUGCCAAACAUCCAUGGAACAUCAUGACGACAUCGGCCGACGAAGGACAGUUCUUAAACAUGCUUUUGAAGCUAAUCAAUGCAAAGAAGACGAUGGAGAUUGGAGUUUACACCGGCUAUUCUCUCCUAGCUACAGCUCUAGCUCUUCCUGAAGAUGGACAGAUUCUGGCUAUGGAUAUUAACAAAGAAAAUUAUGAGCUCGGUUUGCCGGUGAUUGAGAAAGCGGGCGUUGCUCACAAGAUCGAGUUUAAGGAAGGCCCUGCUCUCCCUGUUCUUGACGAGAUGGUAGCGGAUAAGAAGAAUCAUGGAAGUUACGACUUCAUUUUUGUGGACGCUGAUAAGGAUAACUACAUCAAUUACCAUAAGAGGUUGAUCGAUUUGGUUAAAGUUGGAGGAGUAAUUGGGUACGACAACACUCUAUGGAACGGGUCUGUUGUGGCCCCACCUGAUGCACCAAUGCGCAAGUACGUUAGGUAUUAUAGGGACUUCGUGCUGGAGCUCAAUAAGGCUCUUGCUGCUGACCCUAGGAUUGAGAUCUGUAUGCUCCCGGUUGGUGAUGGAAUUACUAUCUGCCGUCGGAUCAACUGAACAUUUUAAAAUUUCUUGCAUUACCAUUUAAAACAGUACUUUGGUUGCUCGAAAUGAAUGUCUUCCUUGAAUUUGCUCGAUU